AAAAUCAAUGUCCGUAUGUUUUAAUACGAGUGCGCACUAUCGCGAAAUUAAUACCGCGGCGAAAAUGUUACCGCAAGAUUGAGCGCGAUGUUUUUGUUUUUCGCUCACCGCGACGAUAGUCAAUUGUGAAUUCCCAGCUCGUGUACCAAUGCGUAUCGACAAUUUAUUAUUAAUAUCGUAUCAAUAUCUAUAGAAAGCUAAAAUUAUCUUUACAUUGUAUGAUGUACUUUGAUUAUAUUUUUUCAACCAUAAUUUACAACCAUAAUACCUUGCAGUUGAAUUAUAUUCUUUACGUAGUGUUCGAAUGUUUGAACGAUUAUCGUGCCGUUUCUAAAAUUGUUUUUAAUAAUUUAAUAAAAAAUGACAAAAAAAAUUGAAAAUUUCAUAGCUGCCGUUAAAGAAUACCCCAUUUUAUAUAAUAUGGCACUUCCCGAUUUCAAGGAUACGAAAAAAAAAGAUUAUAUUUGGGAUAACGAAAUAAGUGUUAAAAUGAACGGUGAAAGCGGUAAGUAAAAGUAUAAUUAAUCUAUAAUUAUAAUAUUAAUCAUCAUUUACUAUUAAGUAAUAUGAUGAAAAUAUAAUAAUUGAUUUUAUUAAAUAUUAUUUAUACUUAACAAUGUCCAUAGAUUAGUUUGAAAAAAAAUUAUAAAAAUUAUAAUCCUAAUAAUAAGUCGAUAGUGAUCAUACCAAAUAAUAAUAGAUUAAUUAAUAAAUUAUUAGUUAACCGUUAUUAAAAUACUCGACAAAAUGUUCUCGCACUUGAAAAGAUUCAACGGUACCCCUUCUGGGAUUAUUUCCAAUGUUAUUCUGUAGUGAAAACGGUUCUUCAGCUGCUUCAAUCUCAUCGUAUCGUAAUUACUACAAUUUUUGACUCUGGGAUAAUCGAGUAGUAUUAUGCAUAGUUACGCAUGUUGCCAUCACAACUUUUUUUUACAGUUGUUUCUUGUACUUCCAUUGGCCGAUCAAAUACCCUCCAUUUCUUCACUAAAGUUCCAAAUGCAUUCUCUACUACCCGUGCUCGGCAUAAUCCAUAACUGUAAGUAUCUUUUUUUCUAUCAUUUCUUGAUUGUCGUCUUGGAAAUCGUUUCAUUAAAUAAGUUUUUAAUGAAAACGCUUCAUCGCCGAUAAUAACUAAUUUUUUAUUUGGUAAAGGCUUAUCUUCGAGUACAUUUAACUUUCUAGCUUCUAAUAUUCCCCCGUCACAGUUUCGUCCAUAUCCGCCGACAUCUAUAUACAAAUAAACUUAAUAUAUUCUGGGUCUACAAUUGUCAUUAACACCGCUGAACAUUCUUUUUAAAUAAAAAUAGUUCCUUGAUCCACUAUUAUUGUUGUAAAUCUUACCCUAUAGCUAAGACCAAUUGUCUUGUAUGAAUCACCCGUCACAAAAAAUCUGUAAAUGAAAUAUUAAAGUGUACCUAGGUAACUGAAAUAAUGAACAAUACUUUUUUUAGGAGAUUUAUUAAAAUCGAAGUGGAAAAACCUACGCGAUACGUAUCAAAAGCAUUUGAGAGCUAAUAAAUUAACUAAAGGCCAAAGUGUAAAUGAGACCAAAAAUAAAAACCUUGCUACUUAUAAAAAGUGGCAGUGGGCGUCUCAUAUGGAGUACUUGAAAGAACAUCUGAGUUUUGCCGAGUAAUUAUAACUAUUUCUGAACCUUUUUUAUUUGAAAAUUAAUAAAUUGUAAAUUUUUUUUUCCAAACUGAAAGGACCAUAUCUAAUGUGCACGAACCCGCCCAAGACGAGGAUAAUGAGACGAAUGAUUUGUUAAAUUCCACUGAAUCUACUUUUGAAAAAAACGAAGUCGUAAUUUCUGAGUCUCCUAAAAAACAACGUAAAAAGUUCAAAGGUCCAAGUCAAAAAAAUACUGAAAAAGAUCCACAGUGUUCUAAUGUUGACAAAGUAUUAGAGCAUUCUCAAAAGAAAAGAAAAACCUCACAUAAUAAUGUUAUGGAAGGGAUUGAACUGUUAAUGAUGGGUCACGCAAAAACCAUAAAAAAGUUUUCAGCCAGACGUCAAGCAAUAGCUAAAACCAAAAUAGCUAAAUUGAUCGGUGAACUAGAGUUGGAACAACUCGAUGAAGACAGUUCCCAACAACAUCUUCCAACAACAUCGUCUUCGUCUCGGUCCUCUCAGUACCCAUAGCUUGACAUCAGUGACUCCGACGCCGUCGAUUAUUGGUAAUUAUUUAUUUACAAACAGUGUAACUAUAUAUUUAUAGUAAAUAAUUGCAUUAUAAUAUUAUUAUAUUACCCAUGCAAAUGGUAUAGAUUUAUUUAUCACAUAUUACCUUAGAGCGAUAGCGAGACGUUCAGGUGGAGACAUCGGCACACGAAAACGAGUCGUUUCUUUACGUUUAUCUUAAUCAAUCAAAUUUAUAAAUUUCAUCAAAACAAUUGGAUGGCAUUCGAAAAUUAAUGAAAAAACGUUUUGCGACAUUUCGUAGCUUACGCGUUAAAUGAUUAAAUUCGUCUAAACUUUCUUUUUUUGUAUUAAUUUCAUGAACUCCUUUUCGUCUUUUACGUCUAAAAAUUAAAUAUUACAUGAUUUUUUUUUUUUAUUUGUUAAUAAUAAUUAAUUAGUACGGUCCAAUCCAUAUUUAAAAAUAGUUGCAAUUAAUGCAUUAUUAUAUUUCAAAGGUACAUUUCUUGUUCUUUGCCAUCCAUUGCAGUUGCUAACAAUAAUAAAUUGUCAUCAUCUGAACUUGAACUUUCCUAAUAAAUAUCCAUUUUGUAAUUAAAAUUUAAAAAAAAAAAUGAGCAGUUUGUUGUGCAUGUACUUUAAAAUAUUAAUAUUAAUAAUAUGUAAUAACUAAUAACACGCAUACACGCGCAUGGAAGUCACGAUGUCGAUUAUUAGGCUCAGCGAAAUAUUUCGCUUCUGUUAGAUAGGUCAAGCGGUAUAAUACCGUUGAAUUUACCUCUACUGCUUCGGUUUGAGUAGACCUUAAUGUGGACAAUGGGUAGCACUUAAGUUUAUAAUGUUCUAUUUUGAUGUACUAUGCUCAUUCAAUAAUAUUUUUUAUUGCAGUUGACGCCAACAGUUAAGACUCUAGUUAGUCAAUGUCAAUUUCUUGGGCACCAACGUCCACAAACCGCGUUUAAGUAACGAAAAUUGAUUUGUUUUUUUUUUUUUAUUAUAAAAUAAUUAUUAUGUUUCGUACUUAUAUACGCUAUAUGUCAAAUUUUUAAGAGUUGUUAAGUAUUUCACAUUUUGACUAUUAAACUAUACUAAUUGAAUUGGAAUGUUGAUUGUUGACUAUGUUAAUAUUAUAAAUUAAUGAAUAAAAUAUAAUGUCUUGGAAUUAAAGUAUUUGUUGUUGGUCGACAAUGUAAUUCAAUUCAAAAUAUUCUUAUAAAAUUGUGAGACUAUACAGAAAUUAUUGAAAAUUUAACAGAAAGUUCAUUAUGAGUUGUAAUUAGUGGAAAAAAGUUGAAUUUAAUAUAGUAUUUUUUUUUGUUUUAAAAGUCUUAUUAUCAAAUUUUUACGAAAAUUGUAAAUAUUACAGACUUUCCGAAUAUCGCUCCGAGCGUGUUUCCUGAGCAUAGUGUUUUAUUGUUGUUUACAAAUAUAAAUUAAAUAAUUCUACCUUCUCAACUUCUCACCUGCAGCAGUGGCACAGUUAUCCCCAGUAUCAUUUUUUUUUUUUUUUUAUUAAAUUUAAUAACAUGCAUCAAAAAAUGAUUUAUGUACUUUAUUCAUAUUAUUAUUACAAUAUUAUAUUAUAUAUUAAAUAAAUGUUUAUAUACUAUUAAAUAUAAUAUAUAAUAUAUUAUUCUUUAUUCAAUUUAACUUAUUCAUUUAUAUAUAUAUGUAU